AAUGAUUUAUCUGCCAUCUGAAAUGGCGGUAAAUCAACGUACCCAUUCAAAUUCGGAGCCUAAUUCGGGUUAUAUAACUAGAAUCAAACUGCAUAAUUUUGUUAUUUAUGAUGAUAUUGAAUUCUUUCCUGGGAGGAAUCUUAAUUUAAUAACUGGAGCGAAUGGAAGUGGAAAAUCUACAAUAGUGUGCGGACUUUCGUUGGGUUUGGGAGGUAAGGUAUCUAAUCUUGGAAGGGGGACAUGUCUUGCUGACUUUAUAAAAAUGAAUAAAGACGAAGCAUAUAUAGAAAUCGAUCUCUAUCAGUCGGAAACCAAAAAUGUGCGAAUUAAACAUUCUUUCAGACGCGGCGAAAAGAAGUCUUACUGGUCGAUAGAUGGUAAAACAGCAACAAAACAUGAAGUCGAGAAAGCUACAUCUGCAUUUAACAUUCAGGUAGAUAAUUUGUGCCAGUUUUUGCCUCAAGACAGAGUUGCAGACUUUGCAAAGAUGAAUGCAAAAGAUUUGCUACUCAAUACCGAAAAAGCUAUUAAUGAAAAACUAUAUGAUACUCAUAUAGACUUAUGCCAGAUGCAUAAUUUCGAAUCUAAUUUGAAAAAAGAAGUUAAUUCGUUAAGUGAAAAAUUAGAAGAAGCUAACAAGAAAGUUACUCACUGGAAAUCUGAAUAUGAAAAUCUGCAGGAGAGGAAACAACUGUUAAAACAACUGGAUAUUUUAAGGUGUAAAAAACUUGAAAUAAAGACUCAUACUGCUAAAGAAGACUUAAAUUUAAUGAAAGAAGAAUGUAAAGAACACAUCAGUCAUUUAAAAGCAGUUGAAAAAAGCGUGGAACCCCUCGAAAAUAGUAUUAAAACUUUUGAUACGCAGAUCAAAUCUUUUGAAAAAGAUAUUCAUAUAUUGGAGCAGAAAUUAAAUAAUAAAGUUGAUAAAGACCGAAAUUAUAAAAAUCUCAUAGAAAAUAUCAAUGAAAGUGUCAGGCAAGCUGAAGAUGAUUUGGAAAGAGCCAUUAAGGAACAAAGUGAUUUAAAAACUAAACGUCAAAACUUAAAAAAUAAGAUACAAGACCUGGAGGUAAUAUAUGAGAAUUCGGUCGAGGAAAGCAAUCAAGCCAAAGUUGCUUUGGCCGAAGUUGCUAAGGAGACAAAUGAAAUUAAAUCUAAAAUUUUAGCCAUUGAAGAUCAACAAUCAGGAUUGGAACCAGAUAGAAGACAAAUUUUAUGUCAAAUGAAAGCAUUGGAGAAUGAACUUUCUAGAAAUCAAAAUUUAAAUAAACAAAGAAUGGACUUGCUCAGGCGAGAAAGUAGAGAUGCUUAUGAAGCAGCUGCAUGGUUGGAAAACAAUAGACAUAAAUUCAAAUCAAAUGUAUUUUUACCACCGGCUAUUACAGUGCAGUGUAAAAAUGAUAGGAUGGCAAGAUACGUUGAGUCAUCAAUUCCUAGAAGGGAUUUGGUUUCAUUUAUGUUUCAAAACUGUGAAGAUAUGGAUGAGUUUUUGAGUAUUAUUCGUGAUGAGAAGAAACUGGUUGUGAACGCUGUUCAAACGCCAAAAAGACAACUUCAUGAAUUCAAACCAGAUAUUCCUAUAAAUGAAUUAAAAAAUUUUGGUUUCAUUUCCUACGUCAAUGACUUAUUCUCUUGUCCAGAUGAGGUAAAGGCAUACCUUUGUCAAUCUUAUGGUAUUCAUAACUUACCCGUUGGAACAGAGCAGACACAUGCAAAGGUCAGUCAAGUUAUAUCUACAUUUGAAAACUUGCGUCAAUUUUUUACUCACGAUUACUCUUAUCGAAUUACGAGAUCUCAAUACUCUAACAAUACAUCAACUAGCUCAAAUGAAAUUCGUCCUGCUCGUUUGUUGGCAAAUGCUUGCAAUCAUAAACAAGAAGAAGAAUUAAAGAGAAAAAUAGAAGUUUUGAAAAGUCAAUUGAAUGAAAUUUCUCAAGAAUAUCAAAAGUUAAGGACUCAAAGGGAAGAAUUAAACCAUAAAAUGGAAGGUCUUAGAAGUAAAAGAAACGAUCUGACAAAAGCUAAAGAUAGAUUAAACCAUUUGGAAGGUCGACUUAAGGCUUUCCGUGAUCAAUUGAAUGGUUUAAGUGAUAUUAACAUGGAUGAAAUCAGAGAAAAUCAUGAUCUUACUUUGGUAGAUUGUGUGAAAAGAAAAUUAUCUGUCAUGUCUAAAAUCAAGGAAUCUGUAGGCGAGUACUCUGUUAUUAUCUUGAAAAUAAAUCGAUUAGGAGCACAGAAAUGUACAAGCAGGAGAGAACUGGAGCUCACGAAAAGUCAAUGCGAAGAUAAGUUGAAUGAAAAAAGAAAACUUAUUGAAAUUGUUGACAACUUAAGGAAGGAAGAAAAAAUUCUUUUUGACGAAUACCGGAAAUUAUCAUCUGAUCUCUUUCAUAAGCUUAAUGAUUUAAAUAUAAGCGAAGAUGAGUUAAAUAAUUUAACAAAUGAUAUAGAGGAAAUAGACACAAAAAUAGCUGAAUUUGAAGCAAGAGCAGAAUUGCAAGCUCGGGAAGUUGAAGACAUUGAAAAGCAAUACGAAGAUUCUAUUCGCAAUUUAGAAGUUACAAAAGAAUAUUUUGAAAAAUCUUCUAGCAAAUUAGAAAACUUUGUCUCUAAUAGCAAACAAAAAAGAGAUGACUGGGAAAGGGAACUCAAGGAAGUAAUUCAAACUAUCAGCUGUGAUUUUGGAAAUUUAAUGAGCUAUUUAGAUUGUGCUGGAGAAGUUAGCCUAAGUAAACCUUUAGAAGAAUGUGAUUACGAAAAUUACGGAAUUUGCAUAAAAGUAAAAUUUAGGGAUAACGAAGAAUUAAUGGAAUUGAGCUCUAAGAGACAGAGUGGCGGAGAGAGAGCAGUAUCAACUGUACUCUAUAUGCUCGCUCUUCAAAAGUUAACAUCAGCUCCUUUCAGAGUUGUUGAUGAAAUUAACCAGGGUAUGGACUCUACAAACGAAAGAAAAGUUUAUGAAUUACUCAUAAAACAUGUGUGUUCUCCGAGUCAAUAUUUUAUGUUAACGCCAAAAUUACUACCUGAUUUGAAUUACCCAACUAACAUUACGUUUUUUUGCGUUCAAAAAACUAUAAAAAAUUUCGGCUUGCCUUACGAUUCACUGACGAAUGCAUACAACAGAUUUUUAGAUAGUUAA